GUGUGUGUGUGUGUGUGGUGAGCAGGUCCCUCUGGGGGGGGCUGAGAGGAUGAAGCAGUUCCCCCCGUUGGUUCCUCAGGAGUUCAGCCUGGAGGGGGGGGGCUACCUGCAGGCGGCUGCCGACAUCACGCUGUCCUCUGCAGGCUGGGUGGCGGUGACAGCAGCGGCGGGGGACCAGCUGCUGUUGAGGGUCCACGGUCCGGCGGGGGUGGUCUACAGCCUGCGGACGCCCCCCCUCCUCCCCCACCUCGUGGCUCUGAAGGGAGAACGCAUCAGGAAGUCCCCCGCCUACAGGACGGUGGGGGGGGCCUCGCGGGGCGGGGGGGGCCUCGCUCUGCAGGGGAAGCAGAAGAAGAAGAGAGCGUGACACCUGCAGACAGGAAGCAGGUGACACGUCCUUACAGAGACCUGCUAACCACUUCCUGUCUGACGGCGAGGAACCCUGACCCGUUUCCUCCUGCACGCCAUGGACCCUCUCCCGGGACCCAGUUGGGGACCUGGGACCCGGUCGGGGACCCG